CAUCUUCUCCCUGUUUCCAUUUCGCACAGUCCAAACCCUACGAACCGAGAAGGAAGAAGAAGAGACCAUGGGGAUCGCAAACCUCUCAUAUGAGGAAUGUCGUCGCAAGAGACUCGAAGAAAACAAGAAGCGAAUGGAAGCCCUAAAUUUGCCCUUGCUUUCUCAAGCUCUCAUCGAUUCUUCCCCUUCCAAGUCCUCACCUAGUAAGCUCACCAAGCCUCGCGUGACUCAGAAACAACUCGUGGUGGUGAGGAGGUCCAGUCGCGUAGCGAAACAGUCAGCUCCUGUUUACGCCGAAGUUGUUAUUAAUCGCGUGGUGAUUCCUAGAAGGAUCUCUAAAGCUAGAGAUUUAUCGAAUCGAGUUUAUGCUUCGGAUGGAGCAAGAAAAAGGGCUUUUGAAAGAGCUGAACAACUACAAUCUGGGUUGGAGCCGAAUUAUCCCAGUUUUAUAAAGUCAAUGCUUCAGUCUCAUGUUAGUGGUGGAUUCUGGCUGGGUCUUCCUUCUCAUUUCUGCAAGAUUCACCUUCCAAAUCGUGAUGGAGUAAUGACUUUAAUAGAUGAAGAUGGUGAUGAGUAUCCGACAAUAUAUUUAGCACGAAAAACAGGACUUAGUGGCGGAUGGAAGGGUUUUGCAGUCGCUCAUAAGUUGGCAGAUGGGGAUGCUGUGAUUUUUCAAUUCAUUAAACCUACAACAUGCAAGGUGCACAUUCUUAGGGCCGCCAAUAGUUCCACAGAAGAUAGCGAUUCUAACAGUAGCUAAAUGAUUGACAUUUCUGUUCCCUAGCUCAGGUAAGAGGUAGCCUGAUGGGAAAUGCACAUAAUGCAUCUACUUUCAUCAUCUUGGUUUUUGUGUAAAAUGCAAUCUCUGUCUUGUACAAUCUGUGUCUAAGAAGAAAAUGAAAGCACGUUGUAAUAGUGAUUGUCUGAUCAUGUAGUGAACUAAAAUUAUAAAACAGAGACAGAGUCACCACUUUCCCUCUUAUGUGGUGGAUUUUAAUUGCUAA